CACAAAUCAGCUGAUAUUGCCGACAUCGCUGAGUGAUAGAUUUUUUCAUAUUGUUUUGAUAUUUUGUGAAGUUCAAGAAAUAAUAUAGCAAAAUGCCUUUUAUGAAAGGACCUGCACCUGUAAGACGCACAAUUAAAUAUUUGAAUAGUGGACAGCUAAUAUUAAAGGAUAAAAUAAAAAUAUUUAGUGUUAAUUACAAUACUUUCGGCAAACACCAUGAAGGUGCCAAAGAAUUUGUUUUCUGGAAUAUACCGCAAGUGCAAUACAGGAAUCCCAAUGUGCAAGUGCUAACCUUAAAAAAUAUGACUCCGUCGCCUUUCGUGCGUUGCUACUACGAAGACGGCCGUGAUUUGCUUGUGGACAUCGACAGCAGAAGUCGUCAUGAAAUCUUAGAACACCUUAUAAAAGUGCUAGGCAAAACAAAAGCUCAACUGGACGCUGAAGCGCGCUUGGCAGAACGUAAAGAUAAUCCUGCGAAUUUCGGCUAUGGCUGCGAUAGACAUUGCAUAUGUGAAAUUCCUGGCCAAUUGCCAUGCCCUGGUACCGUGCCACUACCGAAUCAUAUGCGCGGCAAAAUCACACACCCUAGAUUCUAAGUUCUUUACAAAUAAACAAACAAAUGUUUUAAUUGUAAAUUACAAUUUUUUAUUUAAAAUAAAAUUAUAUUUGUUAAAUAAGAGCAUUCUCUGAACACAAAUUGGACAAAA